GCGAACAGAUUCGUCGUACGGAUUAGUGCAAUGGAGACGAACCACUACGUUUCUCUGUUUUGGCAUUUGUUGUCGAUGAUCAACUGCGAUUGACACAUGUUGAUGUUCUUAACGAAAUUAAAUAAAUUUGUAUCUAAAAUACUUCGAUAAUGUCCAGUACGUACUGGAUGACUCGCGACGUUCAGUACGGGUUUAAGCCGAAAUUAGGAACGCAGAAUAAAUUUUACAAGACUCUUUACAGUUCGUUCUAUAGACGAACCUCAUCUUCCACUAAACGUCACCCUGAUUAUUUAUAUGGAGGUGUCUUCAAUUUAGAAUUUUCUCCCGAUAGUUCUAUAUUAAUAUCCGCCAGGGAGAAAAAUGCGUUCAUAUUGUGGGAUCCAAUUUCAUUGGAAGAAAUUAAAGUAGUGGAAAAUGCUCACCAUGACUGCGUCAAUUGUAUAAAAUUUGUCGAUAGCAACACAUUUGCUACUGCUUCUGAUGAUACCACAAUAGCUUUAUGGGAUAUUAGGAAUUUAAAAUCUCGGAAACGGCUUCUGAAUGGACACAGGAAUUGGGUGAAAAACAUAGAGUAUGAGCCAAAUCAAAAUCUCUUAAUAUCAUCAGGUUUUGAUGGAAGUGUAUUUGCUUGGACACUCAAUGCUUCAACAGAAAAUGCAAACCUUUACAAGCAGAUCUUCCACACUGCAGGAUUGAUGAGAUGCAAACUCUCACCAGAUUCUUCAAAACUGCUCCUAUGUACCACCGGAGGAUUUAUGGUUGUAAUACACGAUCUGAACAUUUCGAAAUUGGCGGAAGAUCUAGAUGGAUUUAAGCCAAACAUCUUCCGAUUGAUGCAGAUGGGUCGACAAAAUAUUCCAAUUGCCGCCCAAUAUAAAUAUCUCUUCAAAGAAACUCGUUCGAGGAAUAGAGUAGAAAUUAUCUCAGAUUUUCCUGAGAACAAUGACGCAGAAGUUAUAAGUUCAUUGCAGAUUCACCCUCAUGGUUGGUGUGUCGUUAGUCGAAAUACAAACUGUGAUGAAUCUUCUGAGUGGACAUGUGUGCAUGAUAUCCAGAAGUACGUGCCAAAAAGUGAUGACAGGUGUAACGAUAAUAGUAACGACUGUCCUCCUGCAAGAAAUAACAUAAACCCAGUACCUGCACAGGCAAAUGGAGGAUCUAAUUCUGAUCUAUGGGAAGCGGCUCUUUCAAUUCGUGACCAACGCACUAGGCGUAUCAAUAACCCAACCCGGAGCACAAAUCCUCAACAUCAGUUUAUGCAUUUUAUUGCUAGAAUUAGUAGUGGACUUGUGCCAAAUACUUUGGAAGAAAUUGUUAAUGGAAUUAACAUUCAAGCCAUACCUACCACCUCAAAUUUUAAUAGGUCAAAUGGACAAGAAUCCUUACCUUCUGGGACUAAUGUGGAUAACACAAUAGAUGAAACAACCUAUUAUGACAAUAGACCAAGAUUGAUAAGAUACAUCCUGGAAUCUAACACUGGUAAAGGUUUUAUAAAGGAAUCAUCUUUUUCACCUGAAGGCCGAGUGAUAUGUUCACCUUUUGGUUAUGGUGUUAGACUAUUAGCAUUCAAUGAAAAUUGCCAUGAAUUAUCAAUGGUAAAUAACAAUUUAGGAGAAGCUACAGAAUUAAUUCCUGUGUGUCAUAUGUAUUGCCACACAAACGCCGUUGUUAGUACAAAGUUUAGUCCAAAGCAUUCUCUUUUUGUGUCUGGCUCUUUAAAUGGGCAGAUGAUUAGUCAUCAUCCUGUACUUUAGAUUUAGUUAAAUUAACUUUAAUUUAUAUACUAAUUUAAUUAGUUGAAAGCUUUAAGUAUGUGUGGUUGAUUUAUCUUUAAUAGUGAAUUCUACAUUACAGUAAGAAAAUAAAAUGUAUACAAGCAAGAAUGUAAA